UAGAAAAUCCAGCUGUGCUGUACAGGUACCACCAGAGAAGGAAAUGGUUCAUAUUAGGGUCACAAGAUAGCAUCUUGCUAUUGAACUGUAUACUGCCUCUGUGGUGUUAGGUAGAAGCCCAAAGACUGUUGUAGACUGGUAAUAUUGGUAACUGGUUCCAUUAGGACUAAGAAGUCUUCAGCCUGGGACUGUUCCAUCUAAUUGUUCACUGCGGGUUAUUUUUGAGGUUUUUUUUUAGUUUUAGUUUUUUGUUUUGCCCACCUCCUACACCAUGUCUUGUGAGUAACACAGCAAUAAUCUCUUUAAGUGCAGCUCUCCUUCCCCCACCCCAUUUUCCCCCCUUCUGCUGUAGAUAAGCUUUUGUGUGUACACCAUUCUGGGCGUAGUGAAACGGGCCCGCUGGCCCAGUGAUCUGGAGGAAGCCAAAGCUGGAGGAUUUGUGGACGGGUACGCCCCCAACGGCAAUCCGAUCUACCGCAACCCCUGCGCCGAGCAGGUCCGAAAACUUCUCCACAACUUGCUCGCUCUCAUAAGGACUCACAACAACCUGUUCCUGCCUGAGAACUUGGCCAAAUUGAGUGAGACGUUUGGCAAAGCCUUUGACAUGAUGGAAGUGGAGAAGAAUGCUAUUUUGGGUCUCCCUCAGCCCUUGUUGGACCUCUACGACUCCCCUGUAUAUAAAACAGUGCUGGAACGAAUGCAGGGUUUCUUCUGUACGCUCUAUGAUAACUGCUUCCACAUUUUGGGAAAUGCAGGCCAGUCGUUGCAGCAGGAUUUCUACACCAUCGAUGGCUUGGCUGGCCAGUUAAUCACCUCUGCUUUCGUCAACCUGGCCAAUGUUCCUGACUACCGGCUCCGCCCCAUGCUUCGUGUGUUCGUGAAGCAGCUGGUUCUCUCCUGCCCUCCGGAGUACUACAACACCCUCAUGUGCCCUAUCCUGGGGCCUCUCUUUGCCUAUCUGUUACAGAGGCUUACUCAGAAGUGGCAGGUCAUCCACCAGAGAAGUAGCCUUUGCAACUCUGAGGACGAACCCCCUGAAGAGAACCCCAUGUCUCAGGAGAUGCUGGACGAGCAGCUGGUCAGGCUGCUGACCCGGGAAGUCAUGGACCUCCUCAGUGUAUGCUGUAUUGUGAAGAGGGGAUCUGAAGCAGCUGGUGCUAAAGAAGGUGAAUUGGAAGGUGAGCGUCCUUUGACCCCAAUGCACUCGGAAACCCUGCUGUGGUUUUCUGUGACGUGUGCGUGUUUGUCUCAGGUGAUGUCUGGGAGUCUGUUGGCGGAUGCAGUUACCUGGUUUUACGGCGCCGUGUUGAGGGGGUUGCAGAUGCAUGGGCAGCACGAGGGCUGCAACACUGCGCUCAUCCAGCUGGCUUUCUUCAUUUAUGAGACACUGAGACCCCGCUUCCCUGAGCUGAGGACUGUGAUGGAACAGAUCCCCCAGAUCCAGAUGGACAGUCUGGACCAGUUUGACUUGAAAGUGCUGAACCCUGGACAGCAGAAAACAGCAGACAAAAAGAGGAAGGACAUCUUUAAAAGGCUUAUUUCUGGCACAGUUGGGAAACCCCUUGGACAGCAGUUUAAAAAGGAAGUUCACAUCAAAAACCUACCAUCCCUAUUCAAGAAAAACAAAUCUGAGCCGACACUGGAUACCCUUGAUGGCAAUAGUGCCGGCUUGGCAACACUCUUUUCACCUAACCCUGAUGAUAUUUGAAAAGGUCAAGGACUUGGCACUCGCCAUUUUCUAUAAUGGAAAUGUUAACCUGAGCGACUGCCUUUUAAUUCAUAGAAAGGUCCAUUGUGUAGGUUACCACAGUGUGUAAGAUGUUUUUUUUUUUUUUUUUUUUUUUU